GCCAAUGGCGCCGCUGCCGGCUGCCACAAGAUGGCGGCGCCCAGGCGGCGGCGGCCGCGGCGCUGAGCUGGAGGAGGGGUGGUCGCUGGGAGCGGGGCCGCUAUGCUGCGAGCUUCCCUCCGCCAGGUUUCGGCAGCGCUGAAGGAAGGACAGGUCACUCCAACGGAGCUUUGCCAGAGGUGCCUCUCUCUCAUCAAAAGCACCAAGCUGCUUAAUGCCUACAUAACUGUAGCAGAAGAAACCGCCCUGAAGCAGGCUGAAGAAUCGGAGAAAAGAUACCGAAGAGGUCAGCCACUUGGUGUUUUAGAUGGAAUUCCUAUUGCAGUAAAGGACAACUUUAAUACCGCUGGCAUUGAGACAACAUGUGCAUCAAACAUGCUAAAAGGUUAUAUUCCUCCUUACAAUGCUACAGUCGUUCAGAAAUUACAGGAUCAGGGAGCUGUGCUUUUAGGAAAAACAAACCUAGAUGAAUUUGCAAUGGGAUCUGGGAGUACGGAUGGGGUAUUUGGACCAGUCAGAAAUCCGUGGAGUUAUUCAAGACAGUACAAGGAAAAAUCUGUACCAAAAUCUGAUUCUGAGCGUGAAGAGUUCAAAUGGGUAAUAACAGGAGGGAGCUCGGGAGGCAGUGCGGCUGCUGUAUCAUCUUUCACGUGUUUUGCAGCUUUAGGGUCAGACACAGGAGGAUCUACCAGAAACCCUGCUGCUCACUGUGGUGUAGUAGGUUUAAAGCCAACAUAUGGACUGAUAUCUCGCCAUGGUCUCAUUCCUCUAGUGAACUCCAUGGAUGUGCCAGGAAUCUUAACCAGAUGUGUGGAUGACGCUGCAGUUGUAUUAGGUUCACUUGCUGGACAUGAUCCUAAAGACUCUACCACAAUUCAGGAUGUCUUUCAGCCAUUUGAGCUGCCCAGUUUGCCUGAUGUCAGCAAGCUCUGUAUAGGGAUUCCUAAGGAGUACAACGCACCAGGGCUUUCUAGUGAAAUUGUGUCUGUUUGGUCAAAAGCUGCUGACCUCUUUAAGAAUGCAGGUGCUAAAGUAAUUGAAGUGAGUUUACCACACACUCGUUACUCAAUUGUCUGCUAUCAUGUGCUGUGCACAGCAGAAGUCGCAUCAAAUAUGGCCAGGUUUGAUGGACUGGAAUAUGGACAUCGUUCUGAUGUGAACAAGUCUACAGAAAGUAUGUAUGCUGCAACGCGACGAGAAGGCUUUAAUGAUGUUGUAAGAGGAAGAAUUCUAUCAGGAAACUACUUCCUGUUGAAACAGAACUAUGAGAAUUACUUUGUCAAGGCACAGAAGGUCAGACGUCUCAUUGCCAAUGACUUUGUGAAGGUUUUUGGAAGCGGUGUUGAUAUUUUACUCACUCCUACCACUCUGAGCGAUGCAGUCCCGUAUAUGGAAUUCAUCAAAGAAGACAACAGAACCCGCAGCACGCAAGAUGACAUCCUAACACAGGCUGCAAAUAUGGCUGGAUUGCCAGCCAUAAAUGUUCCUACAGCUCUUUCAGAGAGAGGCUUGCCAGUUGGGCUCCAGUUCAUUGGGCGUUCAUUCCAGGAGAAGCAGCUUCUCACUGUAGCCAAGUGGUUUGAAAAACAAGUAAAAUUCCCAAUGAUCCAGCUAGAAGAAGUGAAAGGGGCAUGACUAUGGUGUCUUUCAGCAUCAGAAAUCUGCUUCUUUUUCAUAACGUGAGGCUUGCUGGUCAGCUAAAGCAAGAAAGCUGUAGGGAUGGUCUAAAAAUGUACUUCUGCAGUUAACUGUCUUCUGCAGAAAUAAUAACUCAGUUUGAGAAGACCAUAUGCAGGAUGGAAUCAUGAGAGCUUGUUUCUGUGUAAUUAAGGCAAAGUGAAUCAUUAAGUACACGUCUGUGUUACUAAAAGCCAUUUCUAACUGAUAUUAAAAACAUCAGAUUGAAAUUA